AUGACCGCAUUGAGGAAGCGCCGCACUCCAUCAACAGCUUCAUCUCAACCCAACUCCAUCAAAAGGGCCAAAAAGUCCACCCAAUUCCAUCACUACCAGCCUCUACAGCAUCUCCAGCAAGAAAUAAGACUCCUCCAGCUGUUACCAGGAAAGCCCGGCAGUCGCAUUGCCAUCAAGCUGCUCACCGUCUCGCUCAACGACAACCCCGAAUAUGAGGCCCUGAGCUACUGCUGGGGACCUCCUCAGCCCUCGUACGACAUCUUCAUCCACGUCAACAGCAGUGAGAACAAUGAGCAUCAACCAACCGAAUCCAUUUCCUCAUUCCCCGUCGGCCGCAACCUCAGAAAAGCCCUUGACGACCUCCGCCACCAAGACCGCCCCCGCCUCAUCUGGAACGACGCCAUCUGCAUCAACCAAAAGGACAAUGUCGAAAAGGGCCACCAGAUCCAGCUCAUGCACCAAAUCUACACGCGUGCCAAGGUUGUCUGCGCCUGGAUAGACCACAAUGUCCGGCCCAGGACCUCUGUCUUCGACGACCUGGAGAAUCUCGGUAAGGGGGUCGAGCUGGAUGACUUCUAUGACCCGUCGUAUUGGUAUCCCGUGGCGGACAUCUUUCGGAACGAGUACUGGUGCAGGCUGUGGAUUCAGCAGGAGCUCAUCCUCGCGGCCAAGGUGGAUGUGUAUUGUCGCCGGGAUGUCUUUUCGGGCGAGCAGCUGUUGGAGUUUCAGCAAAAGGUCAAUGUGGUGAAAUCGCAGCGGACGAGGCUGGGCGGGCCUGAGUUUGUGCUUUCGCGCUAUAUUGAUGGGAAUACCAGCGCUGAGCCUACGCCUGAAAUCUUUGGCGGAGGUGUCAUUCAGGCGAGGAUCAACAUGCGUGAAGGACGGGAAGCUCAGGAAGCCUACUCAAUAUCGCUAUCAUCAUCUUCAUCUUCUUCUUCACCACGAUCGCCUACUUCAGACGGCCAAUCUCCAUCUCCCAUUCACGGCUUCAAAAUCACCAGAGGCCUGCUUGCCUCCUCCCUCCUGAACCUCUUCCUCCAGUCUUCCAGUGUCAGGAUGACAAAUCCUCGCGACCGUCUCUACGGCAUCCUCGGUCUCGCUACAGACAUUGCCCACGGCCCUGGCCUUGAAGUCAACUACGAUGCUUCCCCUAUCUGGGUCUACGCCCAAGUCUUCCGCCACUUUAUCCACCGCUACAAAAGCCUUAGCUUCCUCUGCUUCAACAAGAGCAAUCCCAGGGGAAGUUACACCUCGCGCAAGGGUUUCCCCAGCUGGAUGCCUCACGCUGACGUGUGCUGGAGCUCCGUCAACGCAAGCAAAGCCUGCGGCGCCAUGCUCGCUACACCUCACAUCGUCUCCAUCGACUUGGAAACCCUCUGUCUUCACGCACAAGGCAUAAAAGUCGACACCAUAAAGCACAUUGACCAAAUCAACGGCGACGGCCGUGGCUGGACCCCCAUCCCCGAAUGGCUCGACCAGAUGGAAUCCUUCUGCCGCAAAACAUGGCCCGAUGCAAAUAGCUCAUCAUCUCCAUUGCAUGAAAGAGACGAUGUCACAUCACUAAUGUUCCCCUGGCUCAGCCCCAAACGCUACAAAAACAUGUGGAAGCUUGACAAACCAGACCCCGCGCGCCGCGUCCACCUCAUCCGCAGUCUCCUCGCCGCCGCACGUAAGGCCGAUCAGAAAGAUCUCUCGACAGGCGACAUCAUUCGCGGCGGAUACACGCCCACGAACAUCAUCCCGAUGGACGUGCGCGAGGAGUGCCACCCGUUGCAUGUGGAAAUCAAUGCCGUGGUGCUGUUUGGUACGGAGGGCUCACGCGUUGGUAGCAUGGCGCGGACGAGCGAUAUUCGGGUCGGUGAUGAGAUUUGGAUCUUGUUUGGGUGCCGGAUGCCGAUUAUGAUGAGGCCGAAGAAGGAAGAGGGCAAGGGGUCGAGAUAUCAGGUUAUUGGGCCGGCGGUAGUUCCGGGAGUUAUGAAGGGAGAGGUGAUUAAGGAUGCUGGAGAGUCUGUUGAUCAUGGCACGACGAUAAUACUUGAAUAA